CCUCUCUUUCUCUCUCUCUGUCGCUCGAGCACCGCCCCCUUUCUUUUCCUUUUUUCUCCUUGGCUUCCACCUGCUUCACACUAGAGAUUCGCCAGAGCGCGUCAGUGCGCGUAAACCCCGGGGAUCGGAACGGAUCGGUACACAGUGCGCAUCCUCUUCUCCAUCCAACAGCACUUUUCUUUUGCUCGUUGCAAAGAUUAGCAGACCGCUCUCUACAAUGUUUUUAUCUGCACUUUUAUCAUAAUCCAUCAAUGGGUUAUGCGCGUGGAUGCAGAUGAAACCGAUCAUCAAAGAAGACAGAAGAAGGGGAUCCAACGAUCAAGGAGUUAUGUUUCAAACAGUCAUCUAUAAAAGGCUCCAUUAGCAUAUGUCAAGAGGGCCAUUUACAUAAGGGCCAUAUUUAGGCUGGUGUCUCAGAGCAGAGCCAGUCACAUCCAGAGAGCACAAGAGGAGAGAAGCCGCAUAAGCUUGAGUGUGCUGGAGUGCGUAACAGAGAGUAUUGGAUACACGGGGGACCGGAGCAAAGGGGAGUAGCCUGGAAGGUCGAGAGAGCAUGUGCUGAACCUGAAGCGAGCGAGAGAGAGAGAGAGAAUCGGAUGUAAACACGCAUUGACUGUCAAAGCCGCAAGCAGUGACUGCGCAAAACACCAGGGAAAGAGAAACCACAGGGGUUCUCCUCGCGGCAACUUUUCUUCGAGUGUCGGUGAUGGGUGCAGUCGGCGAGCUGGUGGGCAGCUUCUCUCACGGCUUGGAGAGCUUUGCGCACGGGUCUCAUUUCGUCCUCACGCCCCCCGGGGACUCCGGUGCGCUGAUGAACGAGCACCUCGUCUCCGCCGAGCGCCUGUCACGCAGCACUUCACCGGACCUGACGCAUCUCAAAGGGAUCCUCCGUCGGCGGCAGCUCUACUGCAGGACCGGCUACCACCUCGAGAUAUUACCGGACGGUUCGGUGCAAGGCACGAGGAAGGACCACAGCAGAUUUGGUAUAUUGGAAUUCAUUAGCCUCGCUGUGGGGAUGGUGAGCAUCCGUGGUGUGGAUAGCGGAUUGUAUCUGGGAAUGAACAGCAAGGGCGAACUGUACGGAUCUGAAAAGCUGUCAGCGGAGUGUGUGUUCAGGGAGCAGUUUGAGGAGAAUUGGUACAACACUUACUCUUCUAACCUAUAUCGGCAUGGUGAGCGUGGAUCUCAUUAUUAUGUAGCCCUCAACAAAGACGGGACGUCCAGAGAUGGGGCACGCUCUCGGAGACACCAACGAUUCACACAUUUCUUGCCACGGCCUGUGGAUCCAGAGCGAGUUCCUGAGCUUUACAAGGAUGUUCUCGGUCACAGCUGAAACCAAUGAACAUCAAACUCAAAACCACCCCAAAAAGCACCUGCAUGCUCUUCAUCCCCCUUGGACAGACCUCUCUUUGGAGAAAGAAGAGCAGGCGAGGGGGAAAAGUGAUCCUUAUUUGAGGUUCAAUGCUGGAGCAAUUGCAGGAGAUGGAAAGCCCUUGAUUGGAGUGGAAGGAAGCAGACAUAUCUGGACUCUGGAUAGUUCCUGAAAAACAGAACAAUAUUCUGGACCCAUUCAUCAAGGGAGGUUGGAUUAAAAUAAAACAAGAGGGAGAAUGACAGACAUCUCUUACCACUACUGAAAAUUCUAGAAGGCUUCUGAAGGAAUUCUGCGAAAUGCUUUUGAGAUACUUUUCCAAAACACUGGCAUGGACAGGCGGGAGACAUAAACUCCUCCAAACUCAAUUUCUCUUUAGGUCCUUUAAUUUAUGUUUUUUAAAGAUAUUUAUUUUAUAUAUUUAUUUAUUUUGAAAGUAUAUUUUUACAAGAAUAUAUGCAAGAUGUACCAGGAGAUCAUGAGAGCUUUAUUUUCUACCACUAUAGAGACGUGACUUCUAGAGAUAGAACUACUGAAGAAAGUAUUUUCUUAUGAGUUACAUUUUCCACUUGUAUGUGGUU